AUGGAUGGUGUGAUAGAUAUAGGCAAAGUCUACCAGAUGAACAAAGAAGGAUCCUUUGUUGGUCUUGCACCUCGUGGAAACGACAUCAGCGAGAAAGUCCAAACGUGCCCUGACUGUCGCUCUAUUAUUCAUUCUGUGCGUCGCUACGGACGUGUAUUACGACUUGUUGAGCUGCGUGGACUUGAGCGAAAGCACUUGGCAAGGGCCGAUCGAGCAUUGGAAGCGAAUGAGCAGCGGAUUCGAGCAACCCUGACGAGAGAGGUGCAGUACGACCACGCAGCUGCGAGUGAACAACAACAAAUGCUCGGGCACUUGAACAAGCUGGAAGAUAUGAUUCGGAAGAGUCCGAUGAAUAGGGUCUUUCAAGCCUGUGGAGGAUCGAACCUUGUCGAGUCGGUUGCGCCACCCACGAAGCCAUUGAUACGAUGCUUUCAGCUCCGCGCUCUUGUGUACGACCACUGGGCCACGCAUUUUGAUGAUGACAACUUUCGUGGUGCGAAGAAAGCUUAUCUCGAAGCCAUGAAGAUUGCAGAUGGAAGCACCAGUCUUAGAUCGGGUGCGCAGAUUAGGUUGUCACUGGCAAAGCUCAUUCUCAAGUAUUGUGACGAUGUGGAGACGAUUCGCAAGGAUGUCAAUGCAAUGCUGGACUGGGUCCAGAAGGAGUCUCAGCUACACGCAGCGCACGAGAUUGUACUGGAUGCCCAGAAGCUGAAGCUGGAGAUCAGUCAGCGUAAUGAUACGAAGACGCUCCGUUCUAUCAUGUCGGCAAUGAACAAAAUGGAUGGCUACGAUUAUGGAGGGUCAGCGUCGUCUCACUGGUAUGAGUGCCCCAAUGGCCAUCCCUAUUUCAUCGGUGAGUGUGGUGGAGCCAUGCAAACAGCCCGUUGCAUCGAAUGUGGCGCAACUGUUGGUGGCGCUAGUCACCAUCUGAUCAGCGACAACCGGAGCGUUGGUGGAGUGUACCGUGAUGCUCUUUCGCGAUAG